AUUAUUUCUGCUUCGGCUGGUUUCCGAUUGGGAUGAUGUCGAUUCUGAAGAAUCUACUGAUCGACUUAUGAACAGCAUCUCCGCCUUUCGCUCGCAAUCCGGAUCCAAACCGCCAGUUAAGUGCCCUAAAGUAAUACCCAACUCUCGUUUAGAAGCAAUAUGCUACCUUCUCUUUAAGAUUUUGUCUCGACCAAAAAAGCGUAAAAUUUUCGGUGAUUCGGGUUUUCAGCCGUCCGGAGAAAAAGCUAUAGCUGAUCUUUACAAGUUCCUACAGUGGUAUUUGCGUCUGAUUCACUACGACUCCAAUUUAGAGGACAUAGCCGACCUAGGUGAUUUGUGGUACCGCGAGUUCUAUUUGGAAAUAACCAAGUGUCUGCAAUUCGAAAUUGAAUCCUCGCUUGCUUGGAACUUGAUUGACCACAUUCUUGUGCACUCGCCGUCUAUGACUGAAUUGAUUCCCCACGUUCUUGAAAUAUAUAACAACGCGUCACGCAGAGCGCUCACGUCGCUCAACCAGAAGUUCCUAUUCGACGAAAUUUCCUCCGAGGUCAACUUGGCAUUUGACCAGCUCACUUAUAAGCUCGCCAUCUCAUGCUUUACGUAUUUCAAGCAGAACGCCUCUCUGCUGCAGCUAGAGGCGGAAUAUAGCUCAAAGCUCGUGGACGUGCAAUCAGACGAAGAAAGCUACCAUCUUCAACACAGCAACUAUAUCUACGUGUCUCAAUUGCUUGAACACCGAGAUCUCCGUGUCCUCGGAUGUGCCAUCAACCUGAACCAACUCAUAGCCGAAAGGAUCAACCAAAUUCUCGCCAAGAACUUGGAUUAUGUCAUAUCUUUGUUUGAAUCCACUUCUGUCACCUCGGUCAUUGAAUUCGAGCUGUUAUUCGAAAAUGUCAAGCUUUGUCACAAACUGAUGGUGGAAGCCGGACUUCCACUGGAACCUUGGGAAGAUAUUCUUUUUCGAGUAGAUAUGGAUCAUUCCUUCAGCUCCACUCGCGGAAGAAUCGUCCUUCAUACGCUCUAUAGUCUCGUUACUGACCUACUUCCAAAUUAUACUUUCUCUAGCACUUUCAACCGUUUCUCGAAGGCCCAAGUACUUGAGGAGAGAAAUGUUCCCAGGAAUCCAAGACCCUCUGUCAACCAUAUGUUUCUAUAUGGCAACCGCACUUUAUAUACCGCCUUCAAUCAAAUAUACGAGCUCACUUCGCAGUUCUUUGGGUAUCAACAUGCAAAAAGCAUUUUGUCACUCAUUGGUAAACAAAACAUCCACUUCCUCAUAUGCGAAUUGGUUGACAAUAUGCAUCUCAUCCUCUCCAAUUCGAUCAAGCCCUACAUAUCUGAAGUCGCCCAUGGACUCUCCUCUGAUAAAAUGAACAUGCCGCAGCCCCAUUAUGGUGUGGAUGCUACUUACGAAUAUUUUCGUGCUAAAGUCAAAAAUAUUGUCAACUACCCUGUCCUUGGUACUCGCGUCUUUCAGCAUCUGCGAGAAUGGGGCAACUUCAUCCCUCUCUUCCAACUACUUGAUUCUGCACUCUCUCAACUCGACGUCACCUCUUAUGCUCACUCCAUUCUCUUUCAAAAAAACCUGUCAAAAAAUUCCCUCUGCGCCUCCCUCUCCCGCUCCGUACAGAUCUACUCUACCCCUUCCAUCGACUCAACAAAGCAUUACUCGCUCCUGCAUUUAGCCGUUCACCUCAUUCACGAAACAAUUCAACCCUAUAAGCUGAUCUGGAAACAAGAUCAAUACUCUACCAGCCCCGACACGUCCCUAGAAUUCUAUCGCGUGUGGAACGCUUUACUAUUCGUAUUUUCAUUAAAUGUCUCUAUCAACGAAUUCUGUAACAAAUCUUCCCUCGAAAUAUUCGGCGAGGGCUUCCUGUGGGCUGGCUCAUCUAUCACUUAUUUACUAGGACAGCACUCUCUACUUCGUGCAGGCAAUUUCUCUCAAUACAUGUCUUACGUAGCACAGGUCAUGCCUCCCCCAUCUAGCGACUCGCUUACACGAGACUCGGCACUUUUUCUAUUCCGACUCAAAAAAAUUAACCCUCUAUGCCAUCGCAUUUUUUCCUUCCUUCAAUCUAUCUACCCGCUUCCCAUUCACACAAAUGCCCAGUUGAACCCCAUCUAAAUCCGGUCACAUACCUUCUCUCGUCCUAUAUACCCCGCUCAACUCUCCCCACUAAAAAAUUUGUCCCCUCCUAUAAAAAAAACUUUUUUGGGCUAUCUCUCCUCUUCCGCGACGAAACCGCCUCUCAAGCUCAAGGCAGGCCUCUUUACAUAUAAUUCACGUACGUCCCCCACCAGAAUACUUUCCCGAUACCACCCUAUAUGCCCCAGAUUCCAACUGUAUACCAAACUCGACAUACUCCCCCUAUCGCGCUAGGCUCUCCGAGACCUCUCAUCAUUGCCUGCCCACCUAUGAAGAGCAAUGUCAAUUUGUCUGCCAUCGCCCGAGUAGCCAGCUGCAGCGGUGCGUCGAAACUUAUUCUCUGCGGGACCAGCAAGCUGUAUCCCCAUAUCUCCAGACAAGGCAUUGGAGUCGAGCCGAGCGAUCAAGGCCACGCUUCACUUCUAAUUUCAUUCCAUCGGUCACUUCUUCCUGUCUUGAAGAAACUCAAAUACGAUGGCAUUAAACUGGUCGGAAUCGAACAGACCAAUCAAUCUUCGUGUAUGUACACUUAUCGGUGGCCGCACCGUGUGACCAUGAUAGUCGGAAAUGAAAAUAGCGGGAUUUCACAAGACAUACUCGAUAUUUGCAAUGAUAUUGUCCAAAUCCCAUUGUAUGGACUUCCUUACUCUCUAAACGUCUCUCACGCUUUGGCAAUAGCCGCUUAUGAAUAUUGCAAACAAUAUCCAAAUAGCUAGGAACAUCUCUAUGUGCUCCAUUAUGGACUCGUCGCAAUAAAUUCAGACCUCUUCUAAUUUUACUGUUCGCUGAAAGCCAAAUUCUCUCAUAAUCAGAAGUUGUAUGGAUGUUCUGUGUUGCUUUUUUUUUAUGCGACCACUUUUUUCUGAUAUGCGAACCCUGCUUAGCAUCUUAUUGGGAUGCCCAAAUCUCCUUUUAGGAAGCAAGGCAAGGGUGUUCUCACAUGUCAAAAUUUGUGGAUUGACGGUUUCGCAUGCGCUCUGCUCUCUUCUCAGCAUUUCUCCUCUCAGUCUCCCCGGCAAUUGCCGCCAAAUAGGUAAUUUGGUGUUUUCUUCGGCUAACUCUAGACAACUUCGAUAACGGUCCACUUGCGCCUCUGUAUCCUAUUUUAAUGGGUGCUACGACCGGUCCCUCAAGCAAUUCAGCGGCGUUAAUAUUAAUCGUACCACUCUCUGCGAGUUCCUGUUUUAAUUUGGCCUCUUCAUGGCUAGUCAUGUGCGCGGUGUAAAAGCUCAUCGUAUCCGCGUGGCUUGGCGGAUUUGCUUCAACGUCCCGCUAUCGGCGCGUCCUUGGUAUUGUUUUUUAAACCUUGCAUUGGUCCUGUAUACGCUGUUGGUACGAUUGGACGCAGCAAGUCAUCUAGCUCUAUUUGCACAUCAAAGUUGGGUGAGUCAUGUUCUGCGCCGCCAGCUUGUUGCUUUGAAGAUGCUUUAACAGCUUGACAAUUUGUAUUUUUUUCAGACGAGGUCAAUAAGCAAUCGCCUUCCUUGUCGUCUAAUUGCGUGCUGUCAAUGUCCCUUUGUAAAUCAUCUCUCUUUGUAGAGACAGGGACAACUUCAGGCAAUAUACUCAAUAAACCCAUCUUGCGUGGCGGCGAAGAAGGUUGUUCAGCGGCACCUAUGCAACUCACCCGACUUUCUUCUCUAGGCUCUCUGUGAGUCGAAGAAGCUGCAUGCAAUUGCCCAUCUAAUUUGGUUUGUUUAGAAAAGUCAGGUACCCUGUAAACCACGACAUGUCAACGCGGUCCGGCAGAAUGUCAGCAUGCCCGUCGAGGACGUCGUCCUGGUCUCCGUUGUCCUGAAUGCGCUGAUAGCUGGGAUUUACAAGUGACAUAGAAAAAUCGCUCACGCCGCGUAUUAGAAGAAGUAGAAAUUAGUAAGAACCUCAAAUUUUUGAGAACGGUACAUACGCCAAAUGUGUGGCGAAAAUGAAGAAAAAAAAAAAAGCUUAUACACAUGGUUCAGUAGAGGAGGAGAUAGAAAAUGUACAUUUGAAAAAGCAUCUGAACUCAUCAACUUUACGGGAUAUAUGUGUUGUAAAUGGCACUUUUCUUUGUCGCCGGUCUAUGUGCCGGAUUUUGUGUGAAUUUGGUACAAUUUGAGGAAGAAAAGUUCUGCUAGCUUGAAAGGGCGAUUUGACUAAGGAUGCUGGAAAAUCAUCCUCUCUGGAAUCUUUAAAUAUAAGGGUGACGUCUCAGGGUAUCGAACCCAAAUUUACGUAUGUGAGACUGCUUUUUAGAGAAGGUUAAAUGUACAUAAAAUGUUGCAGCAUAAGAGAAGGGUUAGAUCUUGUCGUAGAAAAACACAUUUGAUAGCCGGCCGUAAGUAAGUGGCACAUGUGAUACAAAAAGCGAGAAAGGAACACCCAUACGAUUUUUUUUUAGUGACGGUGAUAGAAGGAGAUUGAAUUUCAACGCCACGCAGUGCAUCCACCUCGAGCACAAAAAAAAUGGAGUUUUGAAGAGAGCAGUCAGGAUGAAAAAGUUACUGUAUACCAUACACGUGAAUUUGUGAGUCUGCUGAGACUUUAGAGAAGAGGAAGAAAUGAUGCUAUUGUCUUGGUUACUUAUAUUUAUUUUGUGUUUUUUGGGGUUGUGGAUAACGGGCUGCUUCGAUAAGCACAAAGCCGAUGAGAGAAGGAAGACCAUAAUUGUAUUGGGGUCUGGUGGCCAUACGGCGGAGAUGCUCAAGUUUUUGAAAACUUUGAAGGUCGAAUUACUUGGAGAGCGAGUUUAUGUUAUUGCCGGUUCAGAUAUCGGUUCAUUGAGCAAGAUAAUGGAAUUUGAGAAUGGCGUGGAGCAUUUAAAUAUCGAAUACAUUCCGCGAAGCAGAGAAGUAGGCCAGAGUUAUUUUACAUCGGUUUUUACUACUUUGUACUCGAUGUUGUACUUGGCCAUCUUUAUUAUCUACAUCGAGCAAGGUUGUGUAUUCAGGGAGAGUUCCUAUAAGCGCGUUUCGAGAGAAG